UCCGUAUCCUUCCCAUGGUUCCUCGCUAGGUGAACGUGAUUGGCGCAGCGCUCGGUUUGAAUUUCGCGGUUGAGAAUGAUGUUGAAGGACUCUCCACUUGUUUUACCUCCUCUCCGGGACGGGGACCCUCAACUACCCGACGAAUGGAGGCUUUACCGUCUGGAGACCCGGAUCUCGACCUUCAGCAACUGGCCCUUCACCGAGGGCUGCGCCUGUACCCCAGAGCAGAUGGCUGAAGCCGGCUUUAUUCACUGCCCCACGGGGAACAGCCCGGACGUGGCUCAGUGUUUCUUCUGCCUGAAGGAGCUUGAAGGCUGGGAGCCGGAAGACGACCCCAUGGAGGAGCACAGGAAGCAUUCGCCCGGCUGCCUCUUCAUCAGCCUUAAGAAAAAGCCCGAAGCGCUGACGCUCAGCGAAUUCCUUAAACUGGACAAGGAGCGGGUGAAAAUCAAGAUGCAAAAGAAGAUGAGCCUCCAUAUUGAAAUGUUCCAGGCCAAGGCCAACACCGUGCGGAGCUCCUUAGAAAAACUGGAUGGAGACGAAGUGGCGUGAUUUUUAUCUCCUUUCCCCUACGGACGCGUGUUCCUGCGUCGCGGGUUACCCGUUUUUAAUUGGGCGACACGUUUAAAACGCAGACUUCAU